AUGUCUGUAAAUCUAUCUCUUUACCUGGUCACGGACUCCACUCCGGCCAUUCUCCAGGGCAGAGACCUGUGCACGGUAGUAGAGCAGGCCAUCCAAGGAGGCGUAACGGUAGUGCAGUACCGGGAUAAAUCCAACGACACUGGAAUCUUGGUGGAAACGGCCCGGAAAUUGCACCAGGUGACCCAAAAGUACAAUGUGCCUCUAUUGAUCAAUGACCGAGUGGACGUGGCUCUCGCGAUUGGAGCCGAGGGUGUGCACCUGGGUCAAGAUGAUAUGAAAUUUGAGCAAGCAAAACAGCUAUUGCCAAAGAACGCCAUCAUCGGAAUCAGCACUUCCACCGUUGAAGAGGCCAAAAAGGCCGUUGCCGAUGGCGCCGACUACCUCGGAAUUGGGACCAUGUUUGCAACCCCCACUAAAACGAACACCAAGUCAGUCAUCGGUACAGCGGGUACUCAGAUCAUCUUGGACGCUAUCAAAGAUUCUCCGGUGGGCACUGUUUCCAUCGGUGGUAUCAACCACUCGAAUGUGCAGAGAGUGAUGUAUCAGUCCAAGUCCCCUCACAAGGCAUUGGACGGUGUGGCCAUUGUCAGCGCAAUCGUGGCAGCUGAGGACCCCAAGGCAUCCGCUCAAAAAUUCGCCGAGCUCAUCAACAACACCCCUCGCUUUGCGUUGGCCUCCAACCCUCCUCGCGCCAAUGAAACCGAGGCACUGCUCAAGGAUGUGCCUCAAAUUAUCCGCAAGAUGGUCGAGGUCCAUCCUUUAGUACACAACAUGAUCAACUUCGUCGUGUCAAACUUUGUGGCCAAUGUCGCGCUUUCUAUUGGCGCAUCUCCUAUCAUGUCUCCAUACGGAGAUGAAGCCACCGACUUGUGCAAGUUCGAUGGUGCUCUUCUAAUCAACAUGGGCACAUUGACCAGCGAGAGCGUCUCGAACUAUCUCAAAGCCAUUAAUGCAUACAACCAGCGGGGCAACCCAGUGGUCUUUGACCCUGUCGGUGCAGCGGCGACCCAAAUUCGUCGCAGCGCAGUGACUCAACUAAUGGCCGGUGGCUACUUCGAUCUCAUCAAGGGCAACGAAGGUGAAAUCCGACAGGCUUGGGGUAGCGGUGCUGUUCAGCAGCGCGGUGUCGACAGUGGUCCCAGCACUCUGGACGGUAAUCAGAAGGCUACAUUGGCGCGAGACCUGGCUCGCAGGGAGCGUAACGUCGUUCUCAUGACCGGCGCAACAGACUACCUGAGUGACGGUGAACGAGUCAUUGCCGUUGGGAAUGGCCACCCAUACCUGGGCCAAGUGACCGGAACCGGAUGCGCCAUCGGUACUAUCUCGGGUUGCUUCCUGACUGCCCACCGCUCGGACAGACUCCUCGCCGUGCUGUCCGGUAUCCUCAUGUAUGAGAUCGCAGCCGAGAACGCUGCUUCUAAGGAAUAUGUUCGCGGCCCCGGUAGCUUCGUGCCCGCUUUCCUUGACGAGCUCUACGCUAUCCGCACGGCCGCCGCGCAAGGUGACGACAGUUGGUUCGUUGGCCGAGCUAAGGUGCAUGAGGUGAAGCUGCAAUCCGGCACUUUUGAAAAGUUCCGCGGAAUCUACGAAUUCUCCAAACUGAUCUCCACAACGGACAAAAUGCUUCGUGCAGCAAACACCCUCAACAUGCCCGUGUACAUAACCACGCAGAGCAGAGCCAAGCUCGGUCCCACUGUCUCCGAGCUCUCGCCCCAAUUAACAGGGCCCAAUAUCCGCGCCGAUAUCGACAAGACUCUUUUCUCAAUGGUGACGCCUGAGAUUGAGAAAUUGCUUCCUGCCUCGCCCCUGGAUGUGAUCAUUGUUGGGAUUGAGACUCAUAUCUGUGUUACGCAGACGACGCUUGAUUUGCUGGAGCGCGGUCAUAGGGUUUAUGUUCUUGUUGAUGGGGUUAGUAGUAUGAAUCAUGAGGAGAGGGGGAUUGCGCUGGCUCGGCUGAGGGAUGCGGGGGCGAUUGUUACGAGUAGUGAGAGUAUUUUGUUUGAGAUUAUUGGGGAUGCGGGGCAUGAAGCGUUCCGGGCUGUGAGUGGGCUUGUGAAGGAGACGAAAGAGUCGACGAAGGGGGCGUUGGGGGCUUUCUCGAAGAUCUAG